UGGUGCUGUGAUCGCAUGCAAAGAUGAAUGUUUUUUUCCAAGGAUACUCGGCAUUAAGAGGCGAUAAAGGUACUCCUCAAUCUGGGGCGGAAACGGUUCAUAAGCUAUGUGACAGAGUGCAGAACUCGACAUUGCUGGAGGACCGGAGAGCCGCGGUGAUGGGCUUGAAAGGCCUGGCUCGAGACUGGAAAUUGGAAGUAGGGACGAAGGGUAUGCCGGUUCUCAUCAAUGUAUUACGGAACGACCGCAUGGAUGUGGACAUUGUAAAGGCCACUGUAGAAACUUUGAAUGUGCUAUGCACUUUGGAUACGCCGAACAAAGGGGGCGCUGACGAUCCGAAUGACUUAGGUGUCAUGUUUACAGAGAUUUAUACAAAGGACCCAGCAAACGUCACUUUAUUGCUUGACAUUUUGGAGGAAGUCGACUUCUAUGUCCGGUUUAAUACCGUGCAGCUUUUGAGUACGCUUCUUCAAAACACUGGAGCCAGACUGCAAGAUUGCAUUCUGACGAGUCCACUUGGCAUCUCCCGGCUUAUUGAUUUAUUGGAUGAUCGACGAGAAAUUAUUCGCAAUGAGGGCCUCCUUCUUUUGAUCGGGCUCACCCAAAACAAUGCCGACAUCCAGAAAAUCAUUGCAUUUGAAAACGCGUUUGAAAGACUCCUAGGAAUUAUCUUGGAAGAAGGCGCCACUGACGGUGGUAUUAUAGUUCAAGACUGUCUGCAGCUGACGCAUAACUUGUUGAAGUAUAACGUCUCAAAUCAGAACUUGUUCCGCGAAACCAGCUGUAUACAGCGAAUACCGUCUCUACUCACCGUGCGCACAAUGUUACCCGAUCGUUCCACACCAGUGGAUAUUCCACUGUCGCAUGAAAGUAUCGUAUGGGCGGACCAGAAGAUCGUGAAUGCGGUCUUGGUCCUUGAGCUUGUUAGGAUCUUGGCAGCUCCGAAGAAUCCAAGUGCAGCGGUAAACCAGAAUGUCAUGAAUCACGCAAAGAUUGUGCCUGUAUUGAUAGAAAUUGGUCUCUCUGCUCGAAUACCUGUCAAAGUCAAAACCCAGGCACUUUAUGCUUUGGGUGAUGUUGUACGGGGGCACAAGGCAAAUCAAGAUUUAACGGCACGAAGCACGAUUCCUGCCACCUCUGCCGAACGCCGGAACGCACCCCCGGUUCCUACUGUUCUCUAUCUGAUACAGCUGGCCCUAAAUGGAGGAGAAUUUCCCUUACGCGCGGCUGCCGCUUACGUCUUUGAGUGCUAUGUAUAUAAUAACGCCGAUGCACAACUAGCAGUGCUUUCAACUCUAACACCACCUCCACCAGACAACCCGAACGCUCAAAGCACAGAUAAGCCUGAAUCAGCCGGCUCGCUUCUGAUCUCAUCCAUUUUGGACCGGGAUGUAUCAAGGAAGGACCCCUUUGCAACCUGGUUUGCUGCUACGUUACUCUCACAUAUCCUCCAUGGGAACUCACAAUGCCAACAAUGGGCGUUGGCGACUAAGCUUGAUGACGAUGAAGAAUCCAUAUCCUUACUUCAUAGAUGCAUGUUCGCCCUCUUCAACGCCAGCAGCGAGGGAUCAGAUGUGCGAAUUUCAAUCGGCAUCCUUUCACUCCUUUGCAUAUGGGUGCACGAGUGUCCAGAAGCUGUGAAGGAGUUACUUACGGAAGGGUCCAACAUUCAGUUUUUGGUAGCGCAAAUCAAUCAAUCUUCAGUUAAUCCGCUACUGCAAGGUGUUGCCGCUUUUCUGCUCGGCUUGUUGUAUGAGUACAACGACGAUUCGGAACCAGAGUUCACUCGCGCGAAUCUGCAGUCGCUAGUCACAAGCCGUAUUGGCGCGGACGUGUAUGUUAGUCGCAUGGAACGUUUGCGGGAGUCGAAGGAAUUGAAUAACACUUCUCAACAUAUUCUGAAGAAAGAGACCGCGAUAGGACCUGACGGCCAGCCAGAAGUGUUUUUCGACUCUAUGUUUGUGGACCUGUUCAAAACCAGUCAUGAUGCAAUUGCGAAGGCGAUAACGACCGUAACCCCUAGGGGAAGCCCACCGAAAAAGAAGGUUGCGCAAGCAGACGAGUCCGUGGUACAAUCAUAUAAAGACAUAAUAGCAAAACAGGAAAAGGAGCUUACCAAGCUUCGGGAAGCAGUACCGAUACUAGAGGCACAGGUCGCUGAGCAAGCAACUGCUUAUACACAACAGAUCGAAUCCCUCCAACGAACCAUACAAAAUUUGCAAAAUGCGUUAAGCGAACAAUCCUCCAAGUACGCCGAGCUUGAAUCGGAGCAAGAAGACCUUCUUGUUUGCCUUGCGGACCAAGACACUCAGCUGCAAAAAUACCGAGAACGAUUGAAGGCACACGGCGAAGUGAUCGAAGAUGAGGAUGAGGAAGAAGACGAGGACGGAGAUGGGGAUGGCAAUGGGGAGGAGGAGACAGAGGAGACGCACAGGGAGCCAGAUGUAAAUGGGGUGAAAGAGCAAGGUCAACCUGUUGCAGAGAGGGAUGCCAGCUCCCUCUUUGCGGGGCAGAAUGGCACAUAUGAUAAUUUUCUGUAGCAACAGCAUGGCACCAUACAUUAUUUUUAAUUGGCGAGUCAACGC